CCCACCACACCCUUCCCUUCUCUCUCAAUUUAUUACUAAUACUGAUUGAUUCCUGAGACUCAAAGCUUUUAAAAAGAAAGACAAGGGUUGCAAGAAAAAGCUUAAAGCUGCCGAGAGAGAGAAGGCUGGAAAUCUCACCAAAAGAAGUCCCCUUUUUCAUCAUGUUUCCCUCAUAUCACCCACGGUUGUAGCUCUCUAUAUUCUCAAUUUGUUCUACCUUCUUUCAACCCUCAAUUUUCAAUCCAUCAUCUCCGAUGUUGAAUAGCCCCACCACCAGCAGACGAAAACGCCGACCCGCCGGCACUCCAGAUCCCGAUGCGGAAGUGGUUUCCCUAUCUCCGAAAACCCUGCUGGAGUCGGAUCGGUACGUGUGCGAGAUCUGCAACCAGGGGUUCCAGCGAGACCAGAAUCUACAGAUGCACCGGAGGCGGCACAAGGUGCCGUGGAAGCUGCUGAAGAGGGAGACGCCGGUGGCUCGGAAGCGGGUGUUCGUGUGCCCGGAGUCGAGCUGCCUCCACCACGACCCCUGCCACGCACUCGGCGAUCUCGUCGGGAUCAAAAAGCACUUCCGCCGCAAGCACAGCAACCAGAAGCAGUGGGUCUGCGACAAAUGCAACAAAGGCUACGCAGUUCAGUCCGACUACAAAGCCCACCUCAAGACCUGUGGGACCCGCGGCCAUUCCUGUGACUGUGGCCGUGUCUUCUCUAGGGUAGAGAGUUUCAUCGAGCAUCAAGACGCUUGCAGCAUGGGGCGGCUCCGAUCGGAUUGCCACCCGCUGCACGCAGCAGCUGCAGCUGCAACUGCAACCGCUGCCUGCUUAUCGAGAACGGCGUCAAGCCCUUCCAGCGACACCAAUUUAAGCGCCGGGCCAUGGGCAGGCGGCUAUUCUAACGUUGCAGCACCAACAGAUUCAAUAUUCAUGGCUAAUGCCGGCCCCACAAGGCACAGAUCCCGGCCGCCCAAUCUCGAGCUGCAGCUCCUCACAAAAGCCAGCAGCAGCAGCCUGGGCUUCUCCGGAAACUCAACCAACCUCGACUCCACUCAGCUGCAGCUCUCGAUCGGGUCGUCGGAGAUCGGAGACAAAGCUGAGAACGUCGCCGCGGCCGGCAGCCGGUACUCGCCUAUGUGGAGCAGCAGCACGAGCGUGGCGGCGGCGACGGUGAGGGAGGAGGCGGAGGAGCAGCUGCGGGCGGCCAUGGCGGAGAGGGCGUACGCGGAGGAGGCGCGGCAGCCGGCGAAGCGGCAGCGGGAGCUGGCGGAGCAGGAAUUCGCCAACGCCAAGAGGAUCCGGCAGCAGGCGGCGGCGGAGCUCGAGAAGGCGCAGGCGCUCAAAGAGCAGGCCGCGCAGCAACUCAGCGCCACCAUUUUGCAGAUCACGUGCCACUCCUGCAAGCACAGAUUCCACCCUGGGGCCGCCGAAACCUCUGCUUCCGCCGCAAACUCGAUUAGGCGCGGUUACAUAUCGGCUGCGUUGAGGGAAUGGGAAGUCAAGAAAAACUGAUCAUAAAAAAAAAUUUAAAAAAAAAAGUUUGACUUGUAUUACGAAUGUUUGUUUAUUUCGAGUUUAAUUAGUUUUUAAUACUAUUAAAAUGAUGGACUUGGACUCUUUUGACAUAACAUUUGUGUAGGUAUAUUUAGUGGAAGAAAUAUUUCAGUGGAGUGUUGUGAUAUUAAAAAAAAGAAGGGUAGGUGGGGAUGUCAGAUGGUUAAUGAAGUUGGUAUUGUAUCAAAUUUGGUAUUUAUUUCAUUUAUUUCGUAGCUGCUUUUUUCAGGAAGCUUUUUCUGCUAUUUUGUA